CUUGCCCUUGGCGUUUGCGGUGGCUGGCCUCCAUUGGACCGAGAGAGACCGACCUGGCGUCACGCACGCACUGAUUGGGGUCGGGGGUUCGGUCGCUGACAACUGGGCCUUACAGCCAACCAGUUCUUGGAAAACAGCGUGCUACUGGAAAGAGAAAAGAGUGAGAUGCUUGCCGCGUUGGGAUUCUCCAACUAAGAUGAUCAACUCUCCACUGCUCCUUUCCUUUUCUUCUUGUUCGGUUGUUCACUUGUUCUUAGAGACGAAAUUAGAUGAUUUCUUUCUAAAGUUACAAGCAAUGGCGUCUCAUGUCUUGCAGGUGUUUUUUGUAUGAGGUGAUUCAAAGGAAGGAUGGCUCUCAAGAAGCUGCUGCAGCUGUUUUGUGUCAGUAAGAAGGAUUCAAAGAAGAAAGGAAAAUCCAUUGAUCCACUUUGGCAAGCAUCUGCUCCGCACUCGUCUUUGAGUGUCACUGCAAAUAAGAGUCAUUUGGAUCCUUGUUCAAGUAGACAUGAAUGCUCAAGUAUGAUUUCAUCAUUGGCAAGGACUGAACAUGGAACUGGGAGUAACGAUUACAUGUCAUUUAACCAAUUCGAUGUUGUUCAAGAUUUCUCUGAUCACCACUAUGCAAAAACAUCACCAGGAAAGGCCACCAAAGAUUGGGUGAAGGCAAUCCAAAGUGAAUGGAGUCUUCUACAGAAAAAUCUACCUGAGUCUAUAUAUGUUAGAGUUUAUGAGGACAGGAUCGAUCUGCUCAGGGCUGCUAUAGUUGGGCCAGCUGGAACUCCAUAUCAUGAUGGAUUGUUCUUCUUUGAUGUCCGUUUUCCUUCUGAAUACCCAAAAUGCCCACCGAAAGUUCAUUACCAUUCAGGUGGACUUCGGUUGAAUCCGAACCUGUAUGAGAGCGGAAAAGUUUGCUUGAGCCUUCUGAAUACCUGGUGGGGUAAUGGAUGCGAGAAGUGGGGCAAGUCAAAUUCAACCAUGCUGCAGGUGCUGGUCUCCAUUCAGGGCCUUGUGCUGAAUGAUAAGCCAUACUUCAAUGAGCCUGGAAACAAAAAUUCUGCUAAAACAACAGCUGGUGAAAAGAAUUCCUUGGUUUACAAUCAGACGGCCUUUGUGCUGUCCUGCAAGACAAUGUUAUAUUCACUCCGAAAGCCUCCAAAGCAUUUUGAGACCCUUGUUGCAGGACACUUUCACGAGCGUGAGCAUGCCUUCCUCGACGCGUGCAGCGCUUACAUGUCUGGGACAGUUGUCGGAUCAUCAGCUGGAAGCGGCGCCAGAUAUGACUGUGCCAAGUGCUUUGCAGAUUUCAAAAAGUCGCUGACGCUGUACACUGAACAUCUCAGGACCGAGUUUGCUGCUAACAGAAGUCGCUUGCUGGAACUGGAAAGAAAGGCAUCACCUGUGGGUGAGAUAGUGCCUACCAGCUAGAAUUCUUUCUUCAGAACAACACCUGACCAUUGCAUUUCACCUUCCGAAGUCCUAAUUGAAAGGUGAAAUGGUGUAAUAGGUCACAAUUCAAACGCUUAAAUAUAGUGCACAGUGUAGAAAAGGCUUUGGUAUCUGGUACAAGAGUUGUUCUUGUCAGAUAUUACCUAUUUCAGGUGAUGGGUCAUCUAUUUAAUUCUAUAGAAAAAUUAGACUCAUUAUGUGCCAA